AUGCUGGCCUCGCAAAGCACCAAUUGGAUGGCACCACACCGUCCACACGAGCGAGGCUACGGCUACCAUUUCAGUUCACCCCAAUACUUUACUUCUAUACCCUAUCGCCUGCUAAUUUCAGUGUUAAAACACAAUUCGCGACACGAUCUGGACGGUUUGACUCCACAAUUCAAAGGUAUCGGACAUAUCAAAUGGCGACAUGUGACCUGUGCAAGUCAGCCAUCGGCGACGCACAACACUUAUUCGAAGAUCGCCCUCGCUCGCCUACGACCCUACAAACAGGCUAGACUGAUCCACACACGAGUAAGGAGAACAUCGCAAGAGGGUGGAAAGUGUACAUCGCCUCAUGAUUACUGGAGAAGUAAGGGUGGACGGCCAUCAAGGUUCUGGCUGGGUCAUGUCCCUCCACCACCCGCACCUCUGACAGCGUGCCAUGCAGCUCUAGCUUACGAAGCGGCGAUAUUGACGACUGGCGUAUUAGCGGCAACAAUAUACGACCUCAGAGAUAGGGAUAAAAAGGAGAAACAGGAACAGGAGAGACGGACUGACGCGCGGACAAUCAGCGAUAGCGAUAUCCAUAUCGAAUACGACAGCACCUCUGAGGAAGAGAGUCUUAUAAUACCAGGAGCAGAUGAGGACUUGGAAGUCGAAAGUGCUGAUACAUCAGUACCCCCUCAACGCCAACAGGAAUAUAUAGAAAGACGCACCGACAUACCAACAUCUGCGAUAUCAACCAAUCAACAGUCAAUCGCAACGGACUUUCACGGAAACCGACAAAUCAUACCUGACCGGGCAACCGAAACGCCCAGUUCCACCAUGGACCCAUCACGUCCCCCAUCGAUCACCAACUCGCAAACCCCAUCACACACCCAAUCGAAGCCCACAUCCUACCAAAUGACAAACCUCCCGAUCUCAGUCACGAUGACAGCUGGAGUCGAUGAUGAAAUGGGGUACCGGCGGUAUAAUCACAGAGGAUCAGUCACGCAAGAUGAAGUCGGAUCAUCGAGAGGAAGUCGAAGGCGAAGGAGGAAAGUCGGGCAAAAAUGA